AUUGAGUGACUUAUCGCUGUACCGUGGUCCCCUAGGUAAAAUGACUCAACUAAGAAUUACCAGCUCCAGUUUGGUAUAGCAAAAAGGUGAAUGUAGUGGUUUGGGAAAACAGCAGGGGUCCAAGAAUAACAAAGCAUAACCAGUCUGUGGCAAGCAAAUCUUUAAAUAAGACAAGUCUUACAAGAAGAAAUGGGUGAGAUUUAAAAUUUAUCCUAUACAUAAGACUGGUGAUAGUAAAUAUUAAAACAGGCAGGUGAUGAUCUGCUGCUCAGUUAAAAAUUACUAAAAUUCUUGGAUCCCUGAACAGAAAAAAUUUCUUAAAGCGAAAGAGGCAGUAUCACAACUUAGAGUCACUUGAUGACUGUUUAGCUGUUCUCCAUAUUGUUUUAUUUUUAAUUCGUCCCUGCCAUAAUAUUUCACACUAAAAACUACAAAGGAGUUAUUUUGGCUAAUAACGUAGAUCCAUUUCAGUAUCACAGUAAAAGUAAAGUGUCUUUUCAUUCUUUCACCACCAGUUGGUGGUGAAAAUAACAGUAUGCAUGCGUUAUCACUGAUGUCACAAACUGUAAGCUUUGUAAGUUAGCACUUAUACUCCUAUAGCUGAUGUGAUCAAACUUGAAAAUAAACAUUUCGCUAAACCUUUUAAAAAUAAUACAUUUGUUUUGGAGUGUAUAGAUCGACCAUGUGGUACCAAUUUGGAUGAAUUCUUUAAAGCUUUGAAUAGUGUACUUAGUUUGUAAUACUUAGACUCUUGAAGCUCUACUUUCUAUUUUAAUGUUAAGAUUCUGUCUUAGUUUAACAUGGAUGUAAUUCCAUGUAAACAGGUAUGGAAGUAGGACUGGUGGAUUAUUAAUUGACUUUCUUGGGUUCUUGGGAGUCAACAUUACUAAAGCAGUGUGAAUCCCUGUUUGCUUCAGGGCGAGAUGUGUGACAGAGGUGGCAUCAAGCUCUUACAGUCCCAACCCUCCAACGGAAAUGGGCGAAGAUCUCAGGAAUGGCAUCGGUCACAGGAAAUCGAUAGUGGCUGGCUGCUAGCAUGGCCACUUGGGGCUUAGGCAGAAAUAGAGCCAUGGAUGAGAACAAGUUGAGCAGUGCUAACGGCCAUGAAGAACGUAGCAAAAAGAGGAAAAAAAGCAAGAGCAGAAGUCGUAGUCAUGAACGAAAAAGAAGCAAAAGUAAGGAACGGAAGCGAAGUAGAGAUAGAGAAAGGAAAAAGAGCAAAAGCCGUGAAAGGAAGCGAAGUAGAAGCAAAGAAAGGAGACGGAGCCGUUCAAGAAGUCGAGAUCGCAGAUUCAGAGGCCGCUACAGAAGUCCUUACUCCGGACCAAAAUUUAACAGUGCCAUCCGAGGAAAGAUUGGGUUGCCUCAUAGCAUCAAAUUAAGCAGACGACGUUCUCGAAGCAAAAGUCCAUUCAGAAAAGACAAGAGCCCUGUGAGGGAACCUAUUGAUAAUCUCACUCCUGAGGAAAGAGAUGCAAGGACUGUUUUCUGCAUGCAGCUGGCAGCAAGAAUUCGGCCAAGGGAUUUGGAAGAGUUUUUCUCUACAGUUGGAAAGGUUCGUGAUGUGAGGAUGAUUUCUGACAGAAAUUCAAGACGUUCCAAAGGAAUUGCUUAUGUGGAGUUUGUUGAUGUUAGCUCAGUGCCUCUAGCAAUAGGAUUAACUGGUCAGCGGGUUUUAGGAGUGCCGAUCAUAGUACAAGCAUCACAGGCAGAGAAAAACAGAGCUGCAGCAAUGGCAAACAAUCUACAAAAGGGAAGUGCUGGACCUAUGAGGCUUUAUGUGGGCUCGUUACACUUCAACAUCACUGAAGAUAUGCUUCGAGGGAUUUUUGAGCCAUUUGGAAGGAUUGAAAGUAUCCAGCUCAUGAUGGAUAGUGAAACAGGUCGAUCCAAGGGAUAUGGAUUUAUUACGUUUUCUGAUUCAGAAUGUGCCAAGAAAGCUUUGGAACAACUUAAUGGAUUUGAGCUAGCGGGAAGGCCCAUGAAAGUUGGUCAUGUUACUGAACGUACUGAUGCUUCCAGUGCUAGCUCAUUUUUGGACAGUGAUGAACUGGAAAGGACUGGAAUUGACUUGGGAACAACUGGUCGUCUCCAGUUAAUGGCAAGACUUGCAGAGGGUACAGGUUUGCAGAUCCCGCCAGCAGCACAGCAAGCUUUGCAAAUGAGUGGCUCUUUGGCAUUUGGUGCUGUGGCAGAAUUCUCUUUUGUUAUAGAUUUGCAAACAAGACUUUCCCAACAGACUGAAGCUUCAGCAUUAGCUGCAGCUGCCUCUGUUCAGCCUCUGGCAACACAGUGUUUCCAACUCUCUAACAUGUUUAAUCCUCAAACAGAAGAAGAAGUUGGAUGGGAUACAGAGAUUAAAGACGAUGUGAUUGAAGAAUGUAACAAACAUGGAGGAGUUAUUCAUAUUUAUGUUGACAAAAAUUCAGCUCAGGGCAAUGUGUAUGUGAAGUGCCCAUCGAUUGCUGCAGCCAUUGCUGCUGUCAAUGCGUUGCAUGGCAGGUGGUUUGCGGGUAAAAUGAUAACAGCAGCAUAUGUACCUCUUCCAACUUAUCACAACCUCUUCCCUGACUCUAUGACAGCAACACAACUACUGGUUCCAAGUAGACGAUGAAGGAAAAUAUAGUCCUUUAUGUACAUAGCUUUUUUUCUUUCUUGAGAAUUCAUCUUGAGUUAUCUUUUAUUUAGAUAAACAAUAAAGAGGCAAGGGUCUACUGUCAUUUGUAUACAAUUCCUGUUACCUUGGAAAAAUAAAAAUGUUAACAGGAA